GUGGAGGCGGGGGCGACCCGUAGCUCCGCCUGCACCUCGAAGCCCUCCCGCGACUCGCGCCGCAGCAGCGGCGCCGGGGCUCGCGAUGCCACGGGAGGCGGAGCGCCCUUCGACUUCGACCCGCAAGUGGGCGAGGAGGUCGACGUCUGGUGCGACAAGUCGAGAAGCUGGGAGCCCGGCGUCGUCCUCCAGGGGGGCGACGGCAAGGCCUCGGUGCACUUCAGCCUCGGGGGCCAGCCCCACCGCAAGUCGCUGACCGCGGAGUCGCUCGCCCAGAUGCGCAGCCGCGCGCGCGGGUCCCUCAGCGGCCACGCCCCGGCCCACAGCAGCCUCGGCCACGGGCGCACCAGCCAGGGACUCUGCCUCGCCUGCGGGGGCCAGGGCUGCACGCUGUGUAUGGGCGCCGCGCCCAUCAGCCGCGCAGAGCCCGAGGGCCUCGCCAGGCCUGGCUCGGAGACGCCGAGCUCCGACGGCAGACCGGCGGAGGACCGCGAGGGGCUGCUCAGUUCGGAGGACACGUCCGACGCGCCCGGCGCGGGGCCGCCGCCCCGAGGCUCCACCCGCUCCGCCACCUGGGCCGCCGACCCGCGCGACCGCGCCGCGUCCUGGGCGAGGGGCGGCACGAGACCAAGCGCCGCGCGCGGGCCCCCGGGGGCCGAGGAGGCCCCCGCGCGGGGCUCCACCCGCUCGACCGCCCGCGCGGGCGGCCGCGACGCCCUCCAGGACGCGCACGUUUGGGUGAAGGCGCGGGGCGCGGCGCUCGCGCUCGCGCCCGCGGGGGCGCUCGAGCCAGAGUCGGACGCGACGGUGCACCACGACACCGCGCCGUGCAAAGACGGGGUCAGAGACCUGUCCCUGAUCGCCCAGGGCGCGAACUGCUGGCGGGAGGUCGGGAAGGCGCAGGAGGCGCGCGCGUCCCGCAGCGGUUCCCGCAGCGGCCCUUGCCUCCUCGGUUCCGUGUCGCCGAGCGUCGGCCCGAAGCCUGUGGGCGGAGCCGCGGCCCUGCAGCGCUCCGACCGCUGCUCCUGCAGCGGGCCUCCCGACCUCGACGCCGCCCCGCCAGGCUCCCGCGGGAGCGCCCGCAUCGAGCCCUCCGGCUGGGACGGGUGCCGCGACGCGCAGAAGCUGGGAGAGCUGGCCGCCCCGCGCGCAGAGUGGGCGCCGGAACCGGAGCACUCAGAUCGCGGCGAGCGCUCCGACGGCUCGGGCUCGCAGCAGCGCUCGGAUCGCUGCGAGCGCUCCGACGGCUGGGAGGAGCGGUCAGACCAAGGCGAGCGCUCCGACAGUUCGCGCGAGACCGCCACAUCGCGCGGCUUCCCGCAGCCCGAGGAGGGGGGCACGGACACCGAGCGCCUCGACCGCAGCCUGUACGGGGGGCCGACAAACGGGCCAGACACGGUGGAGGCUUGGGCCGCGCCCAGUACGAGGCCUCGCCUUGGGUCGGCGGCGUCUCUCGGCAGCCCUGCGAGCGCAGGACCAGCCUCUCGGCGCUCCCGGCGCGUUUCCAGCGGCAGCAGCGGAGGCACCCCGGCGGCGGCGCGCGAGGAGGCGUCCCGUGGGGAGCUGCGCUCGAGGCCCAGCCUGGAGUCGACGCCGCUGCGCGGUGGGCUGUCGCCAGAGGGAGUGCGCGCGGCCACGGAGCACUGGGGCCACAGCCCCCAGUCCUGCAGCCAUGGGCGCGUGCGCGAGGCCACGACGGCGCCUGGGGGGCUGGCGCCCGAGGACCGCGAGCGGAAGGCGUCGCUUCGGGGGGGCCCUCCGCUUGACAGCGGGGACGGAGGUGCCCCCGACAGCCGCUCUGGACGUGUCGGCAGCACGGGCAGCCCUGCGAGCGCAGGACCAGUCUCUCGGCGCUCCCGGCGCAUUUCCAGCGGCAGCAGCGGAGGAGGCACCCCGGCGGCGGCGUGCGAGGAGGCGUCCCGUGGGGAGCUGCGCUCGAGGCCCAGCCUGGAGUCGACGCCGCUGCGCGGUGGGCUGUCGCCAGAGGGAGUGCGCGCGGCCACGGAGCACUGGGGCCACAGCCCCCAGUCCUGCAGCCAUGGGCGCGUGCGCGAGGCCACGACGGCGCCUGGGGGGCUGGCGCCCGAGGACCGCGAGCGGAAGGCGUCGCUUCGGGGGGGCCCUCCGCUUGACAGCGAGGACGGAGGCGCCCCCGACAGCCGCUCUGGACGUGUCGGCAGCACGGGCAGCCCUGCGAGCGCAGGACCAGUCUCUCGGCGCUCCCGGCGCAUUUCCAGCGGCAGCAGCGGAGGAGGCACCCCGGCGGCGGCGUGCGAGGAGGCGUCCCGUGGGGAGCUGCGCUCGAGGCCCAGCCUGGAGUCGACGCCGCUGCGCGGUGGGCUGUCGCCAGAGGGAGUGCGCGCGGCCACGGAGCACUGGGGCCACAGCCCCCAGUCCUGCAGCCAUGGGCGCGUGCGCGAGGCCACGACGGCGCCUGGGGGGCUGGCGCCCGAGGACCGCGAGCGGAAGGCGUCGCUUCGGGGGAGCCCUCCGCUUGACAGCGGGGACGGAGGUGCCCCCGACAGCCGCUCUGGACGUGUCGGCAGCACGGGCAGCCCUGCGAGCGCAGGACCAGCCUCUCGGCGCUCCCGGCGCGUUUCCAGCGGCAGCAGCGGAGGCACCCCGGCGGCGGCGCGCGAGGAGGCGUCCCGUGGGGAGCUGCGCUCGAGGCCCAGCCUGGAGUCGACGCCGCUGCGCGGUGGGCUGUCGCCAGAGGGAGUGCGCGCGGCCACGGAGCACUGGGGCCACAGCCCCCAGUCCUGCAGCCAUGGGCGCGUGCGCGAGGCCACGACGGCGCCUGGGGGGCUGGCGCCCGAGGACCGCGAGCGGAAGGCGUCGCUUCGGGGGGGCCCUCCGCUUGACAGCGGGGACGGAGGCGCCCCCGACAGCCGCUCUGGACGUGUCGGCAGCACGGGCAGCCCUGCGAGCGCAGGCCCCGACAGCCGCCCUGGCCGCGUCAGCAGCACGGGCAGUCUGCACCUCGACCGCCAGGUGCCCUGGGGAGAAGCGCUCCAGGGGCCCAGCCAAGAGUCGGCGCAGAGCGGUGGCAGGCUCACGCCAGAGUCCGCCCACGGCUCCCACCACUGCAGCAGCAGACCAGGCGCCGAGAGCCAGCAGCAGGCGUCGAGGAAGGGACAACUCCACAAGCAUACUGUGUUCUGA